AUGGCAGCUCUGGACGAUUUCAAAACCCCUGAAAGCCUAACCAAAUAUUACUUUGAACAAGCCAUGGAAGCUAUGUCUGCAAAGCUUAUACACACAUGGCAGUCCACAGCAGACCAACUAAGGAAAGAAGACCAGGACCUAAACACCAGAACAUCCCACGUGGAGAAAGAAUGCAAAGAAUUCACCUCUUCACACAACGACAUGGUGGAUCAUGUGCAAGCGUUGAAGCACAAACUGGAGCUCAUGGAAAUCCGCAUGGCGGACUCUGAGGAUAGAGCGUGA